UCAUGGAGUUUGUAUGCCAAAAACAUAGGGGACAGAUGUGUUUGUUGCAUGGAUAAAGGUUAUUAGAGGGUAAAAUAGAGACUGUCAUCACUCACAUGUUGCACUCGAUCAUUCGCCCCUUUGUGAGGGGGGACAAUGCAAGCCAACGGUUGGGGGGCUUAAAAAGCAUACGCACCCUGUUAAACCCAGCCAGCCUGCAAGGACCACCCAACCAAGCAAGAGGUAUCAGAACAUGCUGGACUUUUUAGCAUAUCUCUGCUCUUUGGAUGAUAUUUUCUUUCAAGUUCCAAAAGUCAACGUUGUGAAGAGCCUCAGAUCUUAAGGAGGAGAGAAGUUCAGCCGACUUCUCCAGCAUGCUGUACACUCUGGCCGGAGGAGGCACACUUUGCGGCGUGGCUGCAUUAGUGCUCCUAAUUGUCUCCACGGCGACCGACUUCUGGAUGCAGUAUCGUUACUCGGGGAGCUCAGCCAAUCAGGGCCUUUGGAGGUUUUGCAUCAACCACAAAUGUCAUGCUCACACCAUCACUGUAGCCUUUUGGGAUGCAACUCGCGCCUUCAUGUUACUGGCUGUGCUCAGCUGUUUUGCUGGUGUGGUGCUCGGCCUGAGUGCUUUCACCAAUGGUACCAAGAACAAGAGGGUCCGCAUAGGGGGCAUUGCCCUGGUCCUCUCAGGUUUUCUUGCUCUCUUGGCUCUCUCCAUCUACACGGGAGUGACGGUGACUUUUUUCGGGAAACGCUUCUUGGACUGGCGAUUUUCGUGGUCCUACAUUAUUGGCUGGGUGGCCAUCAUCCUCGCUUUUGCAGCAGGUGUGUUUCAGCUGUGUGCUUACCAGCGAACACAAGCAGAACCUUCACCUUCAAAUGUUCCUGACAGUUAAACGACAGCACACUGAUGCUUGUCUGUAGUUAGAAUAAAGUCAAAUCAUACCCA